UGGGGAUUGCCAAGGGAGACCUCAGUCAGGCUUCAGAAUCGUCCUAACAGCAGGCGGGGCUGCUGGGCCAGCUGUCCUUUUAACCUACUGAAGAAAGGCAGCUCCGGGAAGAAAGCUCCCACCUCUACAUCCAGGUUUCCUGUUUUGUGUUUCCAGUUCUGCGAGGCAGCAAAGCUACGAGGGAUUACAAGUCACCAUGGAACCCGGUUGCUAGGAGAACACCUGUGCCCACAGCACUUUGGUCCAGCGAGAGCAGGAGAGGAGAGUUGUUCCUGGAACCGGAAGAGCUGUGUUACCUGCCACCACCUGAGGAUCUCAGGGAGCAGGAUUAUCUGAAUAUGAGUGGCAAAAACUGGAUAUUAAUUUCUACUAUUUCACCCCAAAGUCUGGAAGAUGAAAUUCUGGGACGACUUCUGAAAAUUCUAUUUGUUUUGUUUGUUGACUUAAUGUCCAUUAUGUACGUUGUCAUAACUUCCUAAAAAUCUGACUUCCUUUACUCUGUGUGUAAGUUUCAAAGUGAAUUCCAGUGAAUAAAGAUCUGCAUUUUAAUAUGA